CGUUGGUGGGCACGGUGGGUGGUGGGGUGGUCAAGCGGGAGGUGGGACGCCUGCCCCCCCGCCCGCAGGUCCUUCAUCCCCGACGAGCACACGGUGUGGUGCCCGGAGCAGCUGCUGCAGCGCGUCCUGGCCCACGUCCACUACAUGCCCGACCACUGGCAGGGCAACGCCAGCCGGUCAGAGACACGCAGCGAGAUGGCACAGCUCUUCCAGUACAAGGCGGUCUUCAUCCUGGAGGAGCUGCUGAGCCCCAUCCUCACCCCCUUCAUCCUCAUCUUCGCCCUGCCUGCCCGUGCCCUGGACAUCAUAGACUUCUUCCGCAACUUCACGGUGGAGGUGGUGGGGGUGGGUGACAUCUGCUCCUUCGCCCAGCUCGAUGUCCGCAACCAUGGCAAUCCCCAGUGGCUGUCGGCCGGGCAGACGGAGGCCUCUGUGUACCAACAAGCAGAGAAUGGGAAGACAGAGCUCUCGCUGAUGCACUUUGCCAUCACCAACCCGCGCUGGCAGCCGCCGCCGCCAAGCGAGCUCUUCCUCAGCCAGCUGAAGGAGAAGGUGCAGCAGGACGCGGCAGCCGCGCCACCUGCCCAGCGCAUCCUGGCUGAGGGGCCACUGGGCACCUCCCUCCUCUCUGAUGACUCGGCAACAGCGCCGGAUGGCUUGCUGGCCAGUGUCCUGGCCCGGCCCAUCCUCUCGGCCAGCGGACUGGUGUCCCGGGACCGGCGUUUCGCCCAGCCCUGCAGCACCGCCAGCGCCGCCGCCAGUGUCCUGGCAUCCCUGGCAUCCCCCCUGCCCGGGCGGGCACGUGGGGGAAGGGUUGUGCCGACGUCACCAGCCGGGACACCCGAUCCCGGGGGACACGAUGGUUCUGUCCCCAACGGGGUGUUGCACAAGCCCGGGGGUCAGUGCGGGGACGGUGUGUCCGGCGCCAUGGGGGGGUCACUGACCACUUUCCCACCCUUCCAGCUCCACCAGCAGCAGCAGCAGGGCCCCGGGCCCCAGGCCGUGGGGGUGUGGGUGGCUGCAGGGGCACCCAAGCCGCCCUCUGUGACCACAGGCUCGGCUGCCAGGGCCUCGCAGGCUCAGCACCGGGAGAUGCCGCUGGGUGGCUGGGCUGAGGAGGAGGAAGAGGAAGAGGAGGAGGAAGAGGAGACCACGAGCUAACCGGCCUCGGCUUUGGGUCCUGGGCAUGCUGAGAGCUCCCAGUGCUGCCGGGCACGGUGCCAGCAGAGCUGCCAAGAGGGCUGGCUGGUACUGGGCACAGCGGGGAGGUUCGCUGCUGCCUGCCAUGCUGCCGGGGGGGCCGGAGCUCACAGUGUUCUGGCCGGCCUUGCCCACACGGGCACCUUGCUCUGGCAUGGGGCCUUGCUGGUGGCCCUGCUGCAGCGCGGGGCCGGGGAUGCUGACAGGGGCAGCCAGCCCCGCAAGGUGCUAUAUUUAUGGGGGGGCAUGGGGUGCCCCUUUGUGGGGCUGGUGCCGUCCCUGCUCCUGCUGCCUGCCCAUGCCUCUGCCCCCCAUGGUGCCCUGCAGUGGGUACCGGCCGCACCGAGCCGCCACGGGAAAUAAA